AUGGGGGAGAAGUAUUCCUGUUUCGAGUGCAGGAAAUGUUUUUCCUGUAAGUCCUAUUUUUAUACAUACCAGUGA